UAAUAAUUUCUAUCCAGUGAUUGUCAUACCGAUGAAUUUAAAAAGAAAGCGACGAAUUAUUAUACGAUUUGGUCACUCGUUAUGGUCCGCAAACCAAUUGCCAGCGCAAGAG